CUCUCUCGUGAAAAAAAAAAAAAAAAAUUCAGAGCGCUUCGCGAAUUCUGUCUCCCUCAGCCAGCUCUCCAUUCCCCUUUCUUUUUCGUCCUCGGCACAGUGGAAUCCUACCCACGCGUCGAUAGUCGUGACUUCGUCUCCGCUUUUCCUUUCCUUUUCGUUUCUCUCUCGCAAUUCUCAGCAUUCUGUCGGUCUCCAACCUCGCUUUCUUUGGCUUCCAAAUCAGCUUCUCUCGCUCUCCAACCUCUCACGAAUUACAAACAAGCCAGACAAAGGAUUUGAUUGAGCAACAGGUGCAUCAACCAUAAACUAUUACUACAACUGUACGAGGCCUCGGUGUUACAAGAGCAAUUCUUGGAGUUGCAAUCUUACCAGCUACGAAAAGGAAAGUUAUUGAGAAAAUCUGGAGAGAAGGGCCUCCUAAAUUAUUAUGGCCACCAGAAGCUAGUUUUGGGUUGGAGGAAGAACUUAGUUGCUUGACAUUUUGAGGUUUUGAUGAAUUCUUCAUUUAGAUUUGGUGACCAACAAUCGACCCACCACCAAUUUUAGGUCAAGAUUCGAGCAUGCCUUAAAAGUGAUCAUCCAUUCGACAGCAAAAACACAACUACUGCCAUUUUUCAGUCGUGAUCUGAACCACUGCUGUGCCAUAACGGUGGAUACUGCCAUGACAACCCACGAAGCCUCCUCUUCAUCCUCCUCCAAGUCAAAACUUUGGAAUAAUGACGUGUUCUUGAGCUUCAGCGGUGAAGACACACGCAAUGGCUUCACGGACCACCUCCACGCGGCAUUAACAGACAAGGGAUACCAGGCUUAUAUUGAUGAGGAUGAUCUAAAAAGAGGGGAAGAAAUACAAAAAGAACUGGAACGGGCAAUCGAAAAAUCAAAGAUCUCUAUCAUUGUCUUCUCAGAGAGGUAUGCGGAUUCGAGUUGGUGUCUUAACGAGCUGGUGAAGAUCAUGGAGUGCAGAGGCAAACUGGGGCGACAUGUUUUGCCAAUAUUCUAUCACAUUGAUCCUUCACAUGUCAGGAAGCAGAAUGGAGUUUUAGCCCAAGCAUUUAAGAAGCACAAAAAGAACAUCCAUAAAGAAAAAGAUGACAAGAAACGUGAAGAAAAACGAGAAAGGGUAAAGCAGUGGAGAAAGGCUCUUAGAGAAGCUGCAGAGUUAGCCGAAGAAUUUCAGGAGCACGAAGAGGUAAAGCAGUGGGGAGAGGUUCUUACAAAAGCUGCAAAUUUGUCUGGCUACCAUCUUCAAAUCACUGAUAAUAGGCGCGAAGCAAAGCUUAUUAGAGAAAUUGUUGACAAGAUUAUCCCGGAAUGGCUUCCUAGUGCAGAAAAAUUACAUGUGGCCAAGCACCCAGUUGGAAUAUAUACUCGCAUUCAAGAUAUCAUCACUUAUCUUUCAAAUGGUGGAUCAGAUGUUGUUCGCAUGGUUGGAAUUUGGGGGAUGGGUGGAUUGGGUAAAACAACAGCUGCCAAAUCCAUUUAUAACCAAAUUCAUCAUAAGUUCCAAUUCAAAAGUUUCCUUGCCAACGUUAGUGAAUAUGAUCUGGUUGAUUUGCAAGGAAAACUUGUUUCUGACAUCUUGAAACAGACCGGGUCUAAGGUAACCAGUGUUGAUGGAGGUAUCAGUCUGAUAAAAAAUCAUCUCCAACGUAGAAGCGUACUUGUCAUUAUUGACAAUGUAGACAAAGUGGAACAACUAAAUGCAAUAGCUGGAAAUCGUGAUUGGUUUGGCCCAGGAAGUAGAAUUAUCAUAACGACACGAGAUGAACGUUUACUAAAGCAAGUGAACAUGAAAGUGGACAAGACAUAUCCGCUUAAGGAAAUGAAUGAAGAAGAAGCUCUAAAGCUCUUUAGUUUGCAUGCCUUUGGAAAUGGUUGUCCUGAUAAAGGAUAUCUUGAACUCUCAAAGGAGGUUGUUUCUUACUGUGGUGGUUUGCCACUAGCCCUUGAAGUUUUAGGUUCUUCCAUGAUUGAAAGAACCCCAAUGGAGUGGAAAAGUCAGUUGGAGAAGUUGAAAAAAUUUCCUGAUGAAGGAAUAAUGAAAGCUCUAAGAGCAAGUUUUGAAAGGCUAGAUCGUACACAGAAGGAUAUAUUCCUUGACAUAUCUUGUUUCUUUAUUGGAUGGGAUAAGGACUAUGUCGUAAAAAUAUUAGAUGGAUGUAACUUUUUUGCAACAAUAGGAAUCAGUGACCUCCGUGAACGAUGCCUUAUAACUGUUGAAGACAACAGGUUGAAUAUGCAUGAUUUGCUUCGAGAAAUGGCCAAAUUAAUCAUUUCUGAAAAAUUCCCUCAUCACCCUGGUGAAUGGAGUAGGUUGUGGAACCCGCAAGAGGUCGCUGAUGUCUUAACAAAUAAAUCUGGAACUGAAGAAGUUGAAGGACUUGUCCCUUAUUCUAGUCUUCAAAGCUCUAACAUGCCUAGUUUCAGUACAGAAGCAUUUGCCAAUAUGAAGAAACUGAGACUGCUCAAGCUCUGCAACGUGCAGCUCAAUGGAGAAUACAAACGUCUCCCCAAAGAGUUAGUGUGGCUGUGUUGGACAGGAUGCCCUCUAAAGUCCAUACCAGAUGACUUUUUUGAUCAACCAAGGCUAGUCAUUUUAGAGAUGAAGUUUGGCAAACUGGUACAAGUUUGGGAGGGCUCCAAGUCGCUUGGAAACUUGAAAAUCCUUGAUCUCAGUUGUUGCAUUCACCUAACAAAAUCACCAGACUUUUCAAAUGUCCCAAAUCUUGAAGAGUUGAUAUUGGAAGGAUGUGAGAGUUUGCGCGAGAUUCACCCCUCCAUUGGUCAUCUUAAAAAACUUUCUUUGGUGAACCUCAAAAGCUGCUACAGUCUUAUUUCUCUUCCUGGGGAUUUCUACAAGUCCGAAUCCGUUCAGACUCUUGUUCUUGAUCAAUGUUUUCAAUUCAGUGUACUGCCCGAGGAUUUGGGGAAGAUGAUAUCAUUGAGGGUACUUAAAGCAUCUAAGACAGCCAUAAGACGAGUACCGCGUUCCACAGUAAGAUUGAAGAAUCUCACUCAUUUGUGUCUAGCGCACAUGCAGUUUCCUUUGCAAUUUCCCGAUUCGUUACACGGCUUAGACUCUUCAAGAAAUUUAGAUCUCUCAGAGAAUGAUUUUCAUACCCUACCCGGCCUUAGUGGUCUUUCAAAUCUUGAAAGUUUGCGGUUAAGUUACUACGAUGUCCUUCAUACCCUACCCAGCCUCAGUGAUCUUUCAAAGCUUGAAAGUCUCUGGUUAAAUAAUUGCUUCAGCCUUCAUACAAUCUAUGAUUUACCAACAAAUUUGAAAUUUCUGGAUGCGUCUGGUUGCUACUCUUUGGUAACAAUGCCCAAUUUUUCGAAAAUGUCGAAUAUGAGAGAACUGAAUGCACGUAAUUCACGUUCACUCACUGAGGUUCCAGACUUGGAUAAGUCAUUAAACUCCAUGACAUGGAUUGAUAUGAGGGGUUGCCCCAAACUCACAGCUGAUUUUAUGAGGAACGUCCUAAAGGGAUGGACUUCUUGCGGAUAUGGUGGCAUUUUUCUCAAUGGGAAUUAUGUUCCUGAUUGGUUCGAGUUUGUCAACGAUGGUAAUAAAGUCAGUUUUGAUAUCCCCCCGAGUGAUGGUCGUAAUUUUGAAGGGUUGACUCUGUUGUGCUUUUACUGCACAAUUCCUAAUGCUGCUUAUCCUUAUGUGUCAAUCUCUGAUAUCGGUUGUAAGGAAGGUCAUCCUCGUGCCAAUAUUGAUAUAAAUAAUACCAAGCGUACUGAGUUGCAAACCUGCAUAGGUAAGAAAGAUUGGGUUAUAAAAAUGCGCGAUGUUGUAUCUGAAAAAUGUUUUCUUUGGCAAGGACAAAUAUCGAACGAUAAGCUCAAUUUGCAAAGCGGGGAUAAAGUUGAUAUAACUUUUGAAAUGCCGAAGAUAUACCAUAAAUUUUCUUGUGUGACAAUUAAGGGAAUAGGGGUUAAUCUAGUAUGGGACAAACCUAUGAAGGAAAAUAUGCACGAUUUUGAUCUUGAUGGUAGGCUUUUUAUCCAAAGGCACAACCAAGGUGGUGAUGCAUCGUCAUCAUUACAUACUUGAGUCAGUUCACAAUCAGUUCGUCAAACGCCUCUUUCAGUUUUCGAUUUCUCAGUUCAAUAAAUGAAGGCAGGUCCAUACUUCACUCCUUUCAAAUUUCAAGUUUUCCUACGUAGCCACUGCGGCGGUUCUUUUUCCUGGUAAUUUAACCGAAAUAUGAAGGGUAGUUCGGUCCAGAAGCACCAAAAAUAUCCCUCUCGCUUUCUACACCGACACUGUCACUCUCAAACGGAAUUAUUGGGCGGAGCGGACGAAAUUCUGGGCAAAUCGUCGUCCGCUUUCUUCUUCCCCAAUCCAAAUUCGAAGCUCUCUCUUUAGAAACCCUCCAAAUCCCCUCGCCUCCUCCGCACCUUCGGGAUCAUGGCCUCCGCCGACGCUUUCGUCAAGGGCAGCGUCCACCCAAUUGGUGUCGCCGUCAUCACCCUCGGUCGCCCCCCGAGCUCUCAACGCCAUGAGCCUAGAUAUGGAUGUGAAAUACAAGAGCUAUCUGGAUGAAUGGGAAUCUCACCCAAAUGUGAAGUGUGUUCUUGUUGAUAGCCGCUCGGCUCGUGCCUUUUGUGGCGGUAAGGUUUUGAGAGUGACCAAUCAUGGUAAAUGCAGGAAAGGACAUUAAAGUGGUUAUUGCCGAAAUUCAAAAGGACAAAAACACACCUCUUGUGCCGAAGGUAUUCACUGCCGAGUAUUCUCUAAUAUGCAAAAUCUCCAAGUACAAGAAGCCCUAUAUAAGCUUCAUGGAUAUGGCAUAACAAUGGGCUUUAGUGCUGGCCUAUCAGGUCAUGGUCGCUACCGGAUCAUUACAGAGGACUGUUCUUGCUAUGCCAGAGAAUGUAAUUUGUUUGUUCCCGGAUGUUGGGUUUUCAUGUAUAGCGGCAAUGACUGAAGCAAGCUGUUUUUCCAGCGUUGAUAAGGAGAAACUGUUUAGAUUAUAAGAAUAUAAAGAGAAUGGCCUGUACCAUUUCUCUGUUUGCUUCAUGCAUCAAUUCUUAGUUCUGUAUUUGUUUUAACACUGUCAUGUCUUUCUUGGUGCUUAUCUUUGACUUACUGGGAAAAGGAUUUCAACACUAUCGGAUGCACUGUAUGUGGGUCCUGGGACCCAUUUUGUCCCAUCUCAAAACUUAGCUAUUUGUGCCAAAGAAUCUAGGUGAGACCUUUAGAGCUUAGCUUUUAAAAAUACUAGUUGUAAACUAUGCCUUCAGCAUGAAUUUUUGCCUUUCUUCAUAUAAAACCAUCUGCAAUAUGCCCACAAACAGAGAGAACUUUAACAAUGCUGCUUAUGAAACAUUUAACAGAUGGAGAGGUGGAGAGCUUCAAGUUGAUUUGGUGAUGCAUGUUGCAAGCAUCAUACGGAGGACACAAUGUUUCAAUCCCGACACAGGUACAUUAGCCCCGAGUCCUUUGGAUACCUGGAUCUACUACAAAGUUUGAGAAGUGGCGAUUGUUCCUAAUUGUACAUUUUUCUUCUUUGGUACUGCCUGAUUGUGGUUUUUUUCACUCCUGUUUCUUCCUUGGAAUUACAGAAUGCUAAUGUUACAAACUAGGCAACUAAAGCAGCUAUCUACAAAUGCAGCUGUUUCUUCUCCUCUGUAUCGCUCGUUAAUGAAAAAUGACUAAUCUAGCUUAAAAUUUGCAUCGA